UUUGAUUUGCCUUAAUAAGAGUGGGAGAAUUCAGGGGAGUCUAAAGAUUCUUAUUCUUUUAGUAUAUAAAUAGAGAGUUUCCUGCAUUGGUUUUUUUCUCAUACUAUUGCAUAGACUACUGCACAAGAAAAACAAAAACCCUUUCUUUGCUAAACACAGAAUCAAAGAAAGAAACACCCAAGUUUUUUGCUCACAUAUUUCUCAAACAAAUCAAAAUCUAUAACGGAGAUGAACACGAGAUUUUCCCAUGACAUGGAUGAUGAAUAUGAGAAACUCAUUAGAAGAAUGAAUCCACCCAGGGUUGUGAUUGAUAAUGAAGCCUGCAAGAAUGCAACAGUGAUAAGUGUUGAUAGUGCAAACAAACAUGGAAUCCUUCUUGAAGUUGUACAAAUCCUUACUGAUAUUAAUCUUAUCAUCAAUAAGGCCUACAUAUCUUCUGAUGGCAAUUGGUUCAUGGAUGUUUUCAAUGUUACCGAUCAUGAUGGAAACAAAAUCCUAGAUGAAGGGAUUCUAGAUUAUAUAAGGAAGUCUCUAGGACCAGAAUCUUGUUUCACACCUUCAAUGAGAUCUGUUGGGGUGAAGAAAUCAAUGGACCACACCGCAAUCGAGUUAACAGGAAGUGACAGGUCGGGAUUGCUGUCUGAAGUGAGUGCUGUCCUGAAGCAUCUUAAAUGCAACGUAGUAAAUGCUGAAGUUUGGACACAUAACACCCGUGCUGCGGCUGUGAUGCAAGUGACCGAUGACGAAACGGGAACGGCAAUUACUGAGCCGGAAAGGCUGUCGAGGAUAAAGACACUUCUUUGCAAUGUGCUCAAGGGUAGCAACAAAUCCAGCUUAGCCAAAACUGUGGUCUCCCACUCGGUCACACAUACUGAUAGAAGGCUUCACCAGAUGAUGUUUGACGAUAGGGAUUACGAACUAAUCGGGGAAGAUGUCUUGGACGACAGGCAAAGGCCGAAUGUCGAUGUUGUUAAUUGGUAUGAUAAGGACUACUCAGUGGUUACAAUUAGGUGUAAAGAUAGACCGAAACUUCUCUUCGAUACAGUUUGCACCUUGACCGAUAUGGACUAUGUAGUGUUUCAUGCAAAUAUCGAUACUUUGGGCCCCGAUUCGUAUCAGGAAUAUUACAUUCGGCAUAUCGAUGGAUCCCCGGUGAAAUCGGAUGCCGAGAGAGAAAGGGUAACUCAGUGUCUUGAAGCAGCAAUUGCCAGAAGGGUAUCUGAGGGUUUGAAGCUAGAACUCUGCACGACGGACAGAUUUGGAUUGCUGUCCGAUGUAACUCGGAUCUUCCGCGAGAGCAGCCUGACCGUCACCCGAGCUGAAGUAACAACAAAAGCAGGCAAAGCGGUUAACACAUUCUAUGUUCGCGAUGCAUCGGGGUAUCCUGUUGACGCAAAGACCAUAGAUUCUAUCAGACAAGUUAUCGGCCAGACCAUACUAAAAGUUAAAGGCAACCCUGAAGACAUUAAACCAGUUUCCCAGGAAUCUCCAACCAGGUUCCUUUUUGGUGGUCUCUUCAAGUCAAGAUCUUUUGUCAACUUGGUGAGAUCAUAUUCCUAGGAACAUAUAUAUAUAGGAAUGUAAAUGAAAACCCAUUUAGCUUUUAUUCUGGUCUAGGAAAUCAUUUAUCAGUUGUGGUAAUGGAAGCUAAGAGACAUAGUUAGAAAUGUAAAUAUGUCAGACUCGUCUGUAAAUGUAUCCAAUCUAUAUUUGAAUCCACAAAAAGCUGAAAAAUGAAA